UGAAUCGGUCAGUCACAGACUCUCAGACAUGAUGGUGUGACAUUGGUGUCUCUCUCUCUCUCUCUGUCCGAUGCACACUCGUCGAUGGAUCGACGAUGAUGAGAUGGACACGUGAUCAGGCGUCUGCAGUGCACACAGGUCAUGACCAGGAAGAAAGACUCGUUGAAUGUGUCUCGUGCGCUGACUGACCGAGCUCUUGCGGUCUGAUGGUCCAGUUGGCGGUCAGGCCGACAGCCAGCCAGCCUCUGACGUCCUCAUCCUGACAACACACACACAUACCAACCAACCGACGGCCAAUUUGCCGUCCAUCCAUCCACGAGUGCGUGCGUGAGACAGACGUACGGAGAUCGACUGCGGGUACUCGUUCUGGAGCUUGCGGAGGUACAAGUCGACACACACGUUCUGGAGACACACAGCACACAUCUCAAUGCUGUGUGUCUCUGCAAAAGUGACUCACGUUGAUGACGGAUGCAGGGUUGGUGCGGAUGGCGAACUCCAUGGGGUCUGGGUCAUUUGGAUAGUCGAGCUGCCACUCGAAGAGGGCAUCGGGGAAGUAGUUGACGCCCGGGAAGAGGGGGCCGGCGACUUGGGAGCCACCCACAGUCCUGAUGGAUGAACGGAUGGAUUACAUGACGCAUACACAGAGGAUGGGUGUGUCGGCGUGUCACGUACAAGUCCUUGAGGGUCAGGGGACACAGGGUCGGAUCGUAUUGCCCAGCCCUGGCCAUGUUCUGUAUCUUGGUCAGCAUGUCCUGACCACACACACACACACACACACACACACGGCUGGGAUGUGUGUAUCUCUUUGUGUGGGUGGGUGGCACUUGAGCAGCGAUAUCAUCAGGUUCGCUCCUGUGACACACACACACACACACGAGAGGGUUUGUUUGUGUGAUGUAGGGCCAACUUCUUGCUCUUGUACUUGUACCUUGUUUUGGGCACGCCGAGCGGAGUUGUCGUGACGAGAGUGCCGACGAUGAGGAGCACGGCCACCAGCAGCAGCACCACGAUGACCACCAGCUGCAUCAGCGACCGAGGAGGCGCGUACCUGCACAUCCAUGGCAACAACAGAGACAUGGACAUUUCCUGUGUGCUGUGCUGUCUUGUCUGUCUGAGCGUGUGUACUGACGGCGUUGUGAGGCGCUGUCCGAUGAGGUUGACGGCGUUCUUGAGGCCCUCGCCGGUCGGCAAGUUGCUGAACCCAACUGAUAUCUGCCGCAUGAGCUCUGUGUGUGCCAUCCCGUAAUGCAGAGCCGGUUCGACGCCCGACCUCCACUUCAGCGCCACCAGAUUGUCUGAGUGAGUGAGAGAGACACACGCAGAGAGAGAGAGAGAGAGAGUCUGGUGGAUGCGUCGAUGUGUGGGUGGUUCUUGUGCAUGCGACCUUUCUUGGCGUAGACCUACAUGUACAUUCACAUUAGCACAGAUGAAGCUGUUUAUCAGCUGCUUUUGCGUGAGUCUUCUUACGAGUAUGGCUCCAUCGUGGCACUCUUUGUGUCCGAGUCCCCAUCGGCUGAGCAGCGCCGACGCCAAGUCGUCCACAUCAACACCUGACGGCAACUCGCUGCAUGACACGCACACAGAGACGCACAUGAUCGAUGUGGCCAGAAAGAGACGUUAGCAAAAGAAUGCAGGGAGAGCUGACUUGAUGAGUGCGACGCCGAGGUGGUAGUUUGCUUGGCCGUACUUGCCGCAUUUGUGUCUGCUGUCCUGCCGGAUGAAGAGCAGCAUGUCCUCUACCUCGUCGGCCUCUCGACGGCUGAUGAUGCCGUCAGGGUCGCACAGCCAGCUGUGUGGAAUGUGGCGGCGAUUGCUGCACACACACGCACAGAGAAAGAGACACGCACAAAGAGAGAGACACACGACGGUGAGUGAACGAAUUUCACAAAUGUUUCACUCUCUCUCUCUCUCUCUCUGUGUGUGUGUGUGUGUGUGUGUGUGUUCCUCACUCACUCACCAAAUCACCGGGCUGUCGAUGGGAUUGGGGUAGUUGAUGAGUGUCAGAGGUCGCGGCACCGGCACAGAGAUGUCUUCACCAGGCAGAGGCACGCCAGGCAGCAGCGAGUGGGCAGCAUACACAGGCCUGUGGCGCAUGUAGUGAGGCGGCUCAUUCUUGCCAUCAUAGGCCGACGCACACCACAGACACGCCGACAGCGCCACCAGCAGCACACCCAUCAGACGCACACACAUGGUCGGUGAGUCGUGUGAGGGCGCAGAAGGUG